AUGGAGGAUGGCGAGAAGAAGGCGACGAAGCCGGAUUCGCAAGCGCCACCGCCACCGCUGAGCGCGGUGCAUGUGAACAGGCCCCUGGUCGCCGCCAACCGCGCCAUGGCCGCCGUCCACGCCGCGCUCGUCGCCGCGGUCAUCGCCCACCGAGCCAUGGCGCUGCUCUCAGACUCCGCUGGCAGCGCGUCGUCCUGGUCCCGGCACGUGGCCAUGGCGCUGGCCGACCUGACGCUGCUGUUCCUGUGGGCGCUGUCGCAGUCGGGGCUGUGGCGUCCCGUCACGCGCGCCGCCUUCCCGGACCGGCUGCUGGCGGCGGUGCCGCGCGUGGACGUGCUGGUGGUGACGGCCGACCCGGACAAGGAGCCGCCGCUCGGGGUGAUGAACACGGUGGUGUCGGCCAUGGCGCUGGACUACCCCGGCGGCGCGCUCAGCGUGUACCUGUCGGACGACGCCGGGUCGCCGCUCACGCUGCUGGCCGCCAGGAAGGCCUACGCCUUCGCCAGGGCCUGGGUGCCCUUCUGCAGGAGGCACUCCGUGCAGUGCCCCUGGCCCGACAGGUACUUCGCCGGCGACGACGCCCACGACGGCGGCGGAGGCGAUCGCCGGGAGGAGAUCGCCGAGGAGAGAAGAAGAGUCAAGAAAUUAUACGACAAGUUGAAAGCGGACAUAGAGGCGGCCAAGAAGGACGAGAGUAUUUCCGGCAGCUGGACAAAAGCAAAACGCCAGGAUCACGAUGCUUACGUGGAGAUCAUCACUGCUAAGGAAGACGCCGACGUCGACGAUGAGGAGGAGGAGUUGCCGGAGCUGGUGUACGUAGCCCGCGAGAAGCGGAGGGCGUGGCCUCACCACUUCAAGGCCGGCGCUCUCAACGCCCUGCUGCGAGUGUCGGGCGUGGUGAGCAACGCGGCCUACGUGCUGGUCCUCGACUGCGACAUGGCCUGCAACAGCCGCACCUCCGCCAUGGACGCCAUGUGCUUCCUCCUCGACGGCAGCCCGCCGGCGCCGGAGAACCUCGCCUUCGUGCAGUUCCCGCAGAUGUUCCACAACCUCAGCCACAACGACAUCUACACCAACGAGCUCAGAUACGUCUUUGGGACUCGAUGGUUCGGCAUGGACGGCGUCCGGGGUCCUUUCCUCUCCGGCACCGGCUUCUACGUCAGGAGAGACGCGCUGUACGGGGCCACGCCGCCGCCCAGGAGCACAGACUUCAGCUCCAUGGAUGCCGGCGAGCUCAAGACAAGGUUCGGCCACUCCGACCGUCUCGUGGCAUCCUUACGCAGCAACAGCGGCGGUGACCAGCGGCAUCGUCGUCGUCUCCCCCAUGUUCCACCAGAGCCAGAAUCCCUGGCGCUGGUGGCCUCCUGCGCGUACGAGGCGGGCACAGCCUGGGGCACCGGCGUCGGCUUCAUGUACCAGUCGGUGGUGGAGGACUACUUCACGGGGUACCAGCGCUUCUUCUCGCGGGGCUGGACGUCCGCCUACUGCUACCCGGAGCCGCGGCCGGCGUUCCUCGGCAGCGUGCCCACCAACCUCAACGACGUGCUAGUCCAGAACAAACGCUAG